AUGUCUGAAACACAACAACCCGUUGUCGUUUACCCAAACACUGUGUCAUCAGGGCAAGUAGAACCAUCUCAUUCUCACUCAGAUGGAUCCUUUGGCACAGUUUUUAUAGUACUUGCAAUCAUCAUUGUUAUAUCAUCCAUAGCUUGUUUUCUUGGAAGACUAUGUACUCGGCGGGUAAGCCAACCAAAACCCACUAAGCAAAGCAAAAGCUCUAAUCCACGACCUAAAGGAAACGACAUAGAGUUGGGGUUUGAUGGUCGGUUCCCUACUGCAAAACCUGUCGGCGGUGGUGACCAAAGCAAAAGGUUCAAAAUGCUUGGAAAUGAAGAUCCUAGAGGGUUUAGAUCAAUGCCCGGAAAGCAUGGGGAUGUUAAAGGAUUUAAAGUGCAUGGAAAUGGGGAUCUUAGAGGAUUUAGAAUCCAUGGAAAUGGAAACAUUGAAGGUGACCCUAAGCAUGUUGAUGUUGGAGUACUUUAA